GAGGGCCAGGCCCCGUGGCGGCUGAUGGCCGGCGGGCGGCAGGAUCUGCGCUGGGUGCUGAGUUUGCGCUGUGUGCUGCUGAUGGUGGAGGCAGUGUCUGGGCUCAGGGGCCCGUCUACAGGGGCUCACCUGAGCCCCCAGUUUCCAGCCGCAGGUGUGAGCCAGACUGCCGUGGUAGACUGUCGAGAUGUGUGUGGCCUGAACGCCUCCGACCGCUGUGACUUCGUCCGGACCAACCCCGACUGCCGCAGCGAUGGGGGCUACCUGGACUACCUCGAGGGCAUCUUCUGCCACUUCCCGCCCAACCUCCUCCCUCUGGCCAUCACCCUCUACGCUCUCUGGCUGCUUUAUCUGUUUCUGAUCCUGGGAGUCACGGCCGAGAAGUUUUUCUGCCCUAACUUGUCUGCCAUCUCCAGCACGCUCAAACUGUCCCACAACGUGGCUGGCGUCACCUUCCUGGCGUUUGGGAACGGCGCGCCUGAUAUCUUCAGCGCCAUGGUGGCCUUCUCGGAUCCGCGCACAGCCGGCCUGGCCUUGGGGGCACUGUUUGGCGCGGGCGUGCUGGUGACCACCGUGGUGGCCGGCGGCAUCGCCAUCCUGCGCCCCUUCACGGCCGCCUCCAGGCCCUUCCUCAGAGACGUCAUCUUCUACAUGGUGGCCGUGUUCCUGAUCUUCACCGCGUUCUACCUCGGCAGGGUCACCCUGGCGUGGGCCCUGGGUUACCUAGGCUUGUAUGUGUUCUAUGUGGUCACUGUGGUUCUCUGCACCUGGAUCUACCGCUGGCAGCGGAGGAGAUCCCUGGUCUACUCCAUGCCGGGGACACCAGAGAUACUGUCAGAUUCCGAGGAGGAUCGAGCGUCUUCUAACACCAACAGCUAUGACUACGGGGAGGAGUACCGGCCGCUGCUCUUCUACGAGGAGACGACUGCUCAGAUCCUGGUGCAGGCCCUCAACCCCCUGGAUUACAGGAGGUGGAGGAACAAGUCAGCGUCCUGGAGGGCCCUCAAGGUCUUCAAGCUUCCCGUGGAGUUUCUGCUGCUCCUCACCGUCCCCGUCAUGGACCCCGACAAGGAGGAUGGCAACUGGAAGCGGCCCCUCAACUGCCUGCACCUGGUGAUCAGCCCCCUGGUCUUGGUGCUGACUUUGCAGUCGGGGGCCUAUGGCGUCUAUGAGAUAGGUGGCCUCUUCCCUGUGUGGGCCGUGGUGGUGAUCACGGGCACAGCCGUGGCUGCGGUGACCUUUUUUGCCACAUCCAACAGCGAGCCCCCCAGGCUUCACUGGCUCUUUGCUUUCCUGGGCUUCCUAACCAGCGCACUGUGGAUCAACGCGGCCGCCACAGAGGUGGUGAACGUCCUGCGGUCCCUGGGCGUGGUCUUCCGGCUGAGCAACACUGUCCUGGGGCUCACGCUGCUGGCCUGGGGGAACAGCAUCGGAGAUGCCUUCUCAGACUUCACGCUGGCCCGCCAGGGCUACCCGCGGAUGGCGUUCGCGGCCUGUUUCGGCGGCAUCAUCUUCAAUAUCCUGGUGGGAGUGGGGCUGGGCUGCCUGCUCCAGAUCUCCAGGGGCCACACGGAGGUGAAGCUGGAGUCAGAUGGACUGCUGGUGUGGGUCUUGGCUGGCGCCCUGGGCCUCAGCCUCGUCUGUUCCCUGGUCUCGGUCCCACUGCAGUGCUUCCAGCUGAACAAGGUCUACGGCUUCUGCCUGCUCCUCUUCUACGUGAGCUUCCUCACGGUGGCCCUGCUCACGGAAUUCGGAGUGAUUCACUUGAAAAGCGUGUGAGUGAAGCCGUGUCCGCCUGGUGGUCGGGAGGUGUCACUGCCGGCGGCGA